UUUUCUAUUCUCUAUAUAAAGAAAUUUAGUUAUAACUUUCUAACUCACAUUAACUAAAGAAACAUUCUUCAAUUAGAGGAAAAUGAAAGACGAACAAAAAAGAUCUGAUGAGCUCAACUUGAAUUUGAGCCUCACAACUCCCGGAGAAGCUGAAUCAGUUGAUAAGAUUCAAACUCUGGAUGAAGCAAUGACUUUUGAACUCAAGCACCAUGAAGACCUCAGUCUUGCUGAUGAGAAGAAGUUGAGAAGGAGAAUAUCAAAUAAAUUGGCUGCUCGAAGAAGUAGGUUCAGGAAGCUCACUCACAAAAACAAAUUGGAACAAAACUUCAAAGAUCUUCAGGAUGAAAUAGCUCUGGUGGGAUCAAAAAUAAAAAAUAUGAAAAAUUAUAAUGAUAAGUUGCGGGUGGAGAAUGAAAUGUUGCGAGAACGAUUAAAUAACAUCACUGACAAAGCCACUCAAGCAACUGCAAAAAUUGAAGAAGUGAAACUUGAGUUGCAGAUGCUUAAGAUGAACCUUGCAAAGGCUCAGGAGUAUCAACAUUAUAUGAAGAUUGGGGGUGAGAGUUUCGACUUUUAUAAUCAUGAUGAGUUAGAAUCAGCUCCAGAGAUAGACAUAAAUCAGUAUCUCAACUUGGAUGAUGACAUGUGAACCAAUCAACAAAUAUUGUCGCUAUUAAUCUUUGUGGAAUUAUUCAUUUCUUUUUCUUUUAUUCGGGGAGUAGUUGAUGGUGUUGAAGUUAUGAAUUUUCGUUGUGCAAUUUAGAAGGUUUAAAUUUUCAUUAUUGAAAUAUCCAAAACAAUUAAUGUUAUAUAC